CAUCUGCCUGUCUGUCAAGCCAUGGAAGGUAGCGGAGGAGGAGGAGGAGCGCUGAGCCUCCUGGUACCACCAACCUUCUCCAGCCAGGCACAGCAUCAGGACCAGCACACCCUCCAGCAUCAUCCAUAUCACUAUGACGACGCCUCCUCCAGACCAUACAACUAUGACGUGGCCAUGCAGUCCAGCAGCAGCAGCAGCAGCAUCAACAACGGCUCCGCCAGCAACUACACCUACCCGUUUGCAGACGUGGCCUUGCUUCAGGUCUUCAAGCCCCUGAUCAUUCCGUGCUACGUCCUGGUGGUGCUGGUGGGCGUGUUUGGCAACUACCUGCUGCUCUACGUCAUCUGCCGCACGCGCAAGAUGCACAACGUCACCAACUUCCUGAUCGGCAACCUGGCCUUCUCCGACAUGCUGAUGUGCGUGACCUGCGUGCCCUUCACGCUGGCGUACGCCUUCAACCCGCGCGGCUGGGUCUUCGGACGCUACAUGUGCUACCUGGUGUUCCUCAUCCAGCCCGUGACCGUCUACGUGUCCGUCUUCACGCUCACGACCAUCGCCGUGGACAGGUACUACGCCACCGUGCACCCGCUGAAGAAGCGCAUCUCGGUGGCGGCGUGCGCCUACGUCCUGCUGGGCAUCUGGCUGGCCUCGUGCGGCCUGGUGGCGCCCGCCGUGGCCCACACCUACCACGUGGAGUUCCGCGACGCCCGGCUGACCAUCUGCGAGGAGUUCUGGCUGGGCCAGGAGACGCAGCGUCUGGCCUACGCCUACGGCACCUUCCUGCUCACCUACGUGCUGCCGCUGUCGGCCGUGGCCGUCUCCUACCUCUGCAUCUCUGUCAAGCUGCGCAACUGCGUGGCGCCGGGCCACCGCACGCGCGACCAGGCCGAGGCGCAGCGCCGGCGCAAGCGCAAGACCUUCCGGCUGGUGGCGCUGCUGGUGGCGGCGUUCGGCGUCUGCUGGCUGCCCAUCCACGUCUUCAACGUGCUGCGCGACAUGGACAUCGACCUGAUCAACAAGCGCCACUUCCUGCUCAUCCAGCUGCUGUGCCACCUGUGCGCCAUGAGCUCGGCCAGCUGCAACCCCUUCCUGUACGCCUGGCUGCACGACCGCUUCCGCGCCGAGCUGCGCAAGAUGUUCGCCUGUCGCCGCCGCCGCAUCGGCAUCGGCGUCGGCACGCACCACUGCCACCCCACCGCCAGCGGGGUCCUAUAA